UUUCAAAAUUGAGAUCCCUGAACAGUGGUAUUUUCGUGGAAGUCGUCAGUUAUCCCGAUACGCUGGAUCAUUAUCACAGGAGCGGUUGCAAUAUGGCAGUGUAGACGUCAUGUGAAUGGAUCGUAUGGGUUAUGUCCAGGGUUAUGUUUUCCUCCCGUGCCAUGUCUAAAACCUCGGAGUAAUUUCAAACUAUACUAUAUGUCAGGAAUGCUGAUGAGUGCCGAGUUUGAAGGAUAGAGAAAUAUAUACAAUCUUAGAGGCAGAAGGGAGUAGACAGAAGAUCUGAAUGCAGCAAGUAGUGCAGCUAGGACGGAGGCUGGCGACCACCAUGGCUACUAUCAACCCCGCGGAAACGGCUCUGGAGCUUGUGCGCCAGCAAAAGAAAGCGCUCCGGACCAUUGUGCGACGAGAGCUUCGUAAUUUCCCGGCGGAGUUGAAGCGUGAGGAAGAUGAAGCAAUCCAGAAGCAUGUACUCUCUGCGGAGUGGUAUCAGAAGAGCAAGCGCAUUUGCGCCUACGUGAGCUGCGCGAGCCUUCGCGAAGUGGAAACUUCGCUCAUCAUAGCCGACCUUCUUGAAAAGCAACGGCAACACGCAGGAAUGAAAGUUUAUGUGCCGCGAAUUGAAGACAAAGAAAGCCAUAUGCGGAUGCUGCACAUCACCAACACCGAGGACGAUUUAAUAGCCAAUCACAUGAACAUUCUGGAACCUACCCUGGUAGAUUCCACAGGAAACCCUAGAGAUGAAGUGAUGCAGACAACUGAGCCCCUGGACCUGCUCUUACUGCCAGGAUUGGCUUUCGAUCGAAAGGGGGGCCGCCUUGGACGUGGUGGAGGGUACUACGACCUUUUUCUCCAAAAUUAUCUGCUUCUUGCUAAGGACAAAGGAUGGAAGCGACCCUUGCUAGUUGCAUUGUCAUACAGUCCCCAGAUCCGGGAUGACGCUGUGCCUGUGGACGGUACUGACGUGAACAUUGAUGCCUUGGUGAGUAGAGAUGGAAUACUUGCCUUCAAUUCUUCAGCUGAAAAGCAGAUGAAUCAUUCAUAGUGCCUUGAGCCGUAAUGUGUUCUAGCAAGAACAUGUAUACCAUCUGAGAAUUCACUCCUUAGCAAAUUAAUACAAUCCACGCACCACCCAACUCCAUUGCUUUGUCA